AUGGGUUCGCUCGGCACUGCCGCUGAGUUCGUCCUUCCCACGGAGCAAGUGCAACUGAUCAAAGACAGCUUCAAGGCGAAGCUGCAAGCCGAUGUGCCGUACCACGCCAUGUCGCUCUUCAUCAAUUUGUUCGAGAUUGUGCCGGAAGCGAAGGCCCUUAUCUCCAUGACCAAGGACUACACGGGCCCCAUGAGAGACAACAAGGCGCUUCAGGAACACGCCACCACUGUUCUGAAGAAGGUGGUCAACAUUGCCACGAAUCUCGACAACGAGAAACAGGUGGAGAUGUACAGAAAGAGCCUCGCAACGCUAGGCCAGAGACACGUUGGAUACGGAGUCAAGCUCAAGCAUGCUGCGAAACUGAGGGAUGCCUUCGUGAUUACUAUGGCUGGCGCUAUGGGUGACACGUGGAGUGGUGAUGUGAAAGCAGCAUGGAUCGCUGCAUAUGAUGCGAUUGAGGAGAUGUUUGUUGUAGGAUUAGUUGGGGCGGCCGCUCCGAAUCAGAGUUAG